AUGGAGCUCUUCUUCAACCCCUUUGACAACCUGGUGUGUAUCCUGCUGGGCAUCUCCUUCACCGUGUGGUUCACCAUGCUGCUGGUCUUCAUCAUCGUGCCUGCCAUCUUAGGGGUGUCCUUUGGCAUCCGGCGUCUGUACAUGAAAACAUUGUUAAAGAUUUUUGAGUGGGCCACACUCAGGAUAGAGCGAGGAGCGAAAGAAAAUAAUCACCUCUUAUACAAACCCUACUCAAACGCAAUCAUUGCAAAGGAGCCCACUUCUUUGGAGCAGGAGAUCAAGGAGAUCCGGCGGAGCGGCAGCAACAGAGACCUGGACUCUGCCUCUGAGUUUGAGAUGUCAGACAUCUUCUAUUUUGCUCGGCGAGGAGUGGCGAGCAUCAUGGAUGAUGAGGUGACUAAGCGGUUCUCUGCUGAGGAGUUGGAGUCCUGGAAUCUGCUGACCCGCAGUAACAACAACUUCCACUAUAUCAGCCUGAGACUGACCGUCCUAUGGGGGCUGGGCCUGCUGAUCCGCUACGGGUUCCUGCUGCCUCUUAGGGUAACUCUUGCCUUCACUGGUGUAGGCCUCCUUGUGUUCCUCACCUGUGUUAUCGGUCUGCUGCCGAAUGGAAGGAUGAAAAAUCUUCUGAGUAAGAAAGUCCAUUUGAUGUGCUACAGAAUAUGUGUCAGAGCUCUGACGGCCAUCAUAACCUACCAUGACAGUGAGAAUAAACCUAAAAAUGGAGGCAUCUGUGUCGCUAACCACACCUCGCCCAUUGAUGUCAUCAUCCUGGCCAGCGACGGCUGCUAUGCUAUGGUCGGCCAAAUUCACGGUGGCCUGAUGGGAGUCAUUCAGAGAUCUAUGGUCAAGGCCUGCCCACACAUUUGGUUUGAACGCUCAGAAGUCAAAGACAGACAUCUAGUGGCCAAAAGAUUGAGUGACCACGUAGAGGAUAAAACUAAACUGCCCAUUCUGAUUUUCCCAGAGGGUACCUGCAUUAACAACACGUCAGUCAUGAUGUUUAAGAAGGGCAGUUUUGAGAUUGGUGCCACAGUCUACCCCGUGGCCAUCAAGUAUGAUCCCCGAUUUGGAGAUGCCUUCUGGAACAGCAGCAAGUUCGGCAUGGUGAACUACCUGUUACGUAUGAUGAGCAGCUGGGCCAUCGUCUGCAGCGUGUGGUACCUCCCACCCAUGUCGAGAAAGGAGGGAGAGGAUGCCGUACAGUUUGCCAAUCGUGUAAAGGCAGCCAUUGCAAGGCAAGGGGGUCUGGUCGACCUCCUGUGGGAUGGAGGACUGAAGCGCGGAAAGGUAAAAGAAACCUUUAAAGAAGAACAGCAGAAACUGUACAGUAAAAUGCUGGUGGGGACUCAGGAAGACCGCAGUCGCUCCUGAAACCCAUUGAUGGAGGAGGAGGACUGGCUCAGAGACCCACGCACGCACCUAUGACUGUGUGUAGGCAAGCAGUGGGGUUCACUCUCUACACUCCUGGAAUGGAAACGUUCCCUCUCAGAUGUCAACAGUGCUCCAUUUGGCUUCCUCGGUCACUGCCUCAGCCUGGCAUGUUCAGUUUGCACCGCGGCUACGGCUCUUUCUCAGUCUGCUGCCUUCUGUUGGAACAGCUUGACUGGGGCCUUGCUUGCGUUAGAAAUAAAAAAUGAGAAUUGUCUUCCUCGGUGGCAGCCUUUUGAGGGAAAACCUUAUUAUUUUUAUCAUUGAGAUCCUGUCUUUGUUUGAUAGUUUUAACUUUUUAAUUUCAUUUCACCGUCCUGUUUGUACCACACGGUGUUAACAUUACUGGUUUAUAUCUUGGAAUUAGUUCCAAAAUUUAAAACCUGUGACUGAGUUGGGGUUUUUGCGUGACCGGCUAAGGCCCACCGUUUGGGGGCACUUCUGCCAGAUUUUGUUACAUUUCAAAUAUUUUUAUGGGCGUUUUUUCCAAGAGAGAAAAAUUGUAUUCUAAGCUUUAUGUGUUUGCAUUAAGGCCGGAAUCGAACACACGUGGUUACUAAUGGAGUUCUGUUGCAGACAAGCUCUUGUUGUGUCUGUUUUUGUGGUGUUUUUUUCCCCACAGAAAGUCGAAAGACGUCACAUUAUGAAGUAGAAAUUGUUCACCCACUGUUACUGAUGGAGGUUAAUGGACUGAGGCACAUGUUCCUGUUCCAGAUAAAGGGAUAAUAGUCCAUUAAUAAAGAAUUUAUUUUAAUGCUUUUAGCAUUGUCAACAUGGGAAAAUUACCAUCACAAUUGGUCUCCUGAACAAAACAGUUACACGUUCCUACUAAUACACUUCCUGGUAUUGGCUUUCUGCCUGUGCAGAGAACAUCUCGCCUAAUUUAUUUCAACUGAACUCUAAAAUCUAUUGUCUUAAUCAUCCCCGCCCCUCAUCUGUGAUCUUUCUCCUCCGCGGCCUCUUCAGGGAGGUUUGAAGGAAAGUCUGAGUGCAGCUGUGGUUCAGACUCCUAUUAGGCUCAGGAACAUGGCGGACGGCCUCUUGGGUUCCUUCUUGAGGUGUUCACCCCUCUAGUUUGCUGUUAUCAGGGAUUGUCAUUUAGAUGAUGUCCAAUCUGUUAAUGGAAAUAAAUGUUCAAGAAUGUGACUAUA